GUACAGAGUUUGUUGACGUCUGUUGUUCAUAAAUCCAAUCCGGAAGUUCGCGGCUCAAGUCUUUCUUUUUUUAAAAAUUAUUUUCAUAGCUGUUAUUAUUUCUCUUUCCCAUCUGUUUAUUCCUCUCUGGGACACAUCUUAUAGUCGGUAGUGUCACUUCGUACUUAACUCUUCGAGGAAAUGCGGACAUGAUCGAAUAUUUUCGAUCUAAUCAAACUGCAUUAGUUUCCGAAUUUUGUUUUUCUAAUAUUUACUGGAGAUGGAAACAACGAAGAUGAUACUUUUCGCUAUAUUUUUAUAUUCCAGCUUAUGCCAGAUUGGAUCAUGUUAUACUACAGAAGAUAUGGAACUUUUUGAUUUAGUUGAAAACACACCUCAAAAUUUUUAUGAUCUGAUGGGGGUACAUGAGAAAGCUUCAGCAAGUGACAUUCGGAAGGCAUAUAGAAAAUUAUCAACCCUUUAUCACCCUGAUAAAAAUAAAGAUUCAAAUGCCGAGGAAAGAUUUAGAUCGAUGGCUGCUGUGGCUGAAGUUCUACGGAAUGAAGAAAGGAGAAAAAUGUAUGACCUUAUACUUAAAACCGGAUUGCCAGAUUGGAGAGCUCCUAUUUAUUAUUAUCGACGUGUUAGAAAUAUGGGUCUUCUUGAAAUGUGCAUUUUUCUUGUAUGCCUCUGUACUUUCGGACAGUAUCUUUUUGCAUGGUCAUCCUACCUAGAGAAGAAAUAUGAAAUAGAAGAAGUUGUUCUAUCAAAAAUCAGAAGAAAAGCAAAACAUCAAAGAAAAGGAAAGAAUGCCAAAAUUGAAGAAGAAGCUCUUGUAUCUGAAGUUAUGUCUGAUCUUCACAAACCUAGGUGCCAAGAUUUAUUUCCUGUGCUUUUGUUUUAUUUCAUUAUCAAUUUAAUAAAAUCCUCACCAUCAUAUGUUGCUUCAUGUAAAGAAUUUCUGAAAUCUCGCAAGGUAGAAGAGGAAGAAGAAGAGGAAGGUGAACCAAUUCCUAAUCAACGUGUGAAAGUACGCAAAUCUGUUAAACCUAAGAUUCCAGACUUUGCUGAUAUUCCUUCUUAUGAAAUAACUUCUAAUGGCUCUACACCUACAACAUUAAAUGGAAAUGUUGUUGAAGAAAAGAAAAUUCAGAAAUGGAAUUAUGAAACAUUGACAGAACAUCAGAUGGGAGAAUUUAAGAAAGCUUUGAAAAAAUUUCCUAAUGGCACCCUGCAGAGGUGGGAGAAAGUUGCAGCUUUUCUAGGUUGCACUGUUAAUGAGGUUGUCUCAAUGGUUAAGUUAUAUAAGAACCAACAAUUUACAAAUGGAGUUCCAGCAUCAUUGCAAGGAGUGACUGGAACUGAGAAAGAGAACUUUGGUUCUGAAAUGUACGAAGAAAAAGAUUCCACACGCAAAGAAAGUGAGAAUCUAGCAAAAGAACGAAUGCCAAACGCACAGAAUGGUCACAAAGUAAAUGGACAUGCUAGCGAUCAACAGAAAAGUAAUGCAGCUUUGGAGUCUGAUAAAUUCUGGAAGCAAGAAGAACAAAGGUCUCUAGAAAUAGCUCUACAAAAGUUUCCUAAAGACACUCCUUCUCGUUGGGACAAGAUUUCCGACUUUGUUUCUACUAAAACCAAGGAGGAGUGUGUUGAGCGAUUUAAAAUUUUAGCGCAACAAGUUAGAAUGAAGAAAACCAAAGGACUUUGAUGUUCGCUUUUACCCCUAGCUAUUAUUUGAAUCAAAAGGUUAAUUAUGUAUAUAUGACUAUUUAUUGACUAUUUUUAUUGUAAAGAAAAUCUUCCAUUUGUAUUAUAUAACAAUUAAAAUCUAUGCAAUAAAUGACCUCUUGCUUUUAA